AUGGUUAAUUUCAGAAAUAUCGUUGUCUGCGCAUGCCUUCUCGCAACACCUACUAGUGCCUUGAAUCAAGCUACGAACAACGAGAAUUCACUCGCUCAAGCACUUUCCUCUCUUCAAGGGUUUCACUCCGAGAAAAUUGGUGCUGCACUCACUGCAUUUACUGCCAGACUUCAAAAACUCGGUACCGCGCCGAAAGAGUCGACGGAAGCAAUCUAUGGACAGGUACCUUCAGGAAUCCGGGAUAACGUCGAGAACGUGCAUACUCAAGUCAUGAAAACGAUUACCUUUCCCGAAGUCAUGCAGUUUCAAAAACUCGCCGCAGAGUGGACCACUGGUGUCAUAGACGCCUUUAAGAAACAUGGUACCGCGCUUAAAGAGACUGCAGAAGCAACCUAUACACAACUUCCGUCUGAAUUUCGUGAUGAGGUUGAAAAGGCGCAUGCUAAAAUCUAUGAAAUUGAAUGGAAUGAUUUACCGGUCGAUAUCCAGGACUAUAUUCGGGAAAAUCCAUACCAGACAGCCUUUUACGUUGUGAACGGAAUCGUAUUCUUUGCCCCAGCCACGUCUAGUGGUCCAAUUCUUUGGGCGUUAGGAUUCGCAAGUAAAGGGCCAAGGGCUGCUUCAUUUGCAUCGAUGUUACACAGUGAGUUUGGCGUGGUUGGGGCGAAGAGCCUGUUUGCUUAUCUUCAGAGUGCCGGUAUGGGAGGCUAUGGGCUUGGUGCUGUGAAUAUGGCGGCCAGACUGGGUGGUGUUGCGGGCAUUGUUGGUGGCCUUUUGGGAUCGGGCGGUGCUGCUAGGAAUGGCACUGCGAAGCUUUGA